GUCCCGAUCUCCGUUUGUGUGCCUCCGUGUGGCGGUGCGUGAAUGUCCAGGGAUCUUGACAGCGAAAGUCGGAGCAGCGCCUAGUUAAGUUGCUUUUACAGAAUAAACAGGUCUCCAAGAAAUUAAAGGAAAAGGUCAUUAUUGCUGUGGUUUGAGCUCAGCAUGGCUGUAGUCAUCCGUUUACUGGGGCUUCCUUUUGUUGCGGGUCCUGUGGAUAUCCGUCACUUCUUCAAGGGAUUGACUAUUCCUGAUGGAGGAGUGCAUAUAAUUGGAGGGAAAGUUGGGGAGGCUUUUAUUAUUUUUGCAACAGAUGAAGAUGCAAGACGUGCCAUAAGUCGCUCAGGAGGGUUUAUCAAGGAUUCAUCUGUAGAGCUUUUUCUUAGUAGCAAGGUAGAAAUGCAGAAGACCAUAGAGAUGAAAAGAAGUGCUCGUGUAGGAAGAGAGCGGCCAGGAUCUGGGCCAUCAGGGGUUGGCAACAUGUAUCAUUUUAUUGAUGCUCUGAAGGAAGAGGAAAGUUAUUCUGGAUAUGGCUCUUCGGUUAAUCGAGAUGCUGGGUUUCAUACAAAUGGUACAGGACUUGACUUGAGGCCAAGAAAGACCAGGCCAUUGAAGGCUGAGAACCCUUACUUGUUUCUACGAGGUUUGCCUUACUUAGUAAAUGAAGAUGAUGUCCGUGCCUUUUUCUCUGGGUUGUGUGUUGAUGGAGUGAUUCUCUUAAAACACCAUGAUGGCCGAAAUAAUGGUGAUGCUAUAGUGAAAUUUGCUUCAUGUACCGAUGCUUCAGGAGGUCUUAAAUGCCAUAGAAGUUUCAUGGGUUCAAGAUUUAUAGAAGUCAUGCAGGGUUCAGAACAACAGUGGAUUGAAUAUGGUGGUACUGCAACCAAGGAUGGUGACACUCCUCGUAUGAGAUCUGAAGAACAUUCUCCUUCAAGAAGACAUUUUCGGAAAUGGUCUCAUUCAAAAUCUAGAACACGUUCUCGCUCCCCUCUUGGAUUUUAUGUUCACUUAAAAAAUCUGUCCUUAAAUACUAACAAAAGGGAUUUAAGGAAUCUCUUUAGAGAUACUGACCUGACUAAUGACCAGAUUAAGUUUUUAUAUAAAGAUGAACGGAGAACACGGUAUGCCUUUGUCAUGUUUAAGAAUCAAAGAGACUAUAAUACUGCCCUGGGUCUGCAUAAGACCGUUCUACAGUAUCGUCCAGUUCUUAUUGACCCAGUUUCUAGAAAGGAAAUGGUGAAAAUCAUUGAAUGCUAUGAAAAGAAGAGACCAGAGUCUUUAGAGCACGAAAGGCCAGGGUGUGCUGCUCAAAAGUACUCUCAAGAAGGCUUCCCUGGCUCUGGGCAGAAGCUGUGCAUCUAUAUUAGAAAUUUACCGUUUGAUGUUUCAAAAGGUGAAGUUCAGAAGUUCUUUGCAGACUUUCCUCUUGUUGAGGAUGACAUUUACUUGCUUUGUGAUGACAAGGGGGUUGGUUUGGGGGAAGCACUGGUGAGAUUUAAAUCAGAAGAAGAGGCCGUGAAAGCUGAACGUUUGAACCGCCGAAGAUUCUUGGGGAUAGAGGUGUUGCUGAGACGUAUAUCUGAGGAACAAAUGCAGGAGUUUGGUGUCAAUUUUUCCUGGAUGUCUAAUGAGAAGACACAAGCCUGUUCCUGGUCACACGAUGGAGAUGACUGUUCUUGCCUGUUUGACUUAAAAGAUGCACCAGCAUGUUCAUUUAGUCAGUCUGAAAGCGUUCGUUAUCAGCCAAAAGACUUAAGGAAAAUGGGUCAUUUCAGGCACCCCCAAGGGUAUUUCCAGAGUUCUGAGAGGCACUCUCCUGAGGACUUCAGGUACUCCCGGGAAGACCAUAGGCACCCCAGGGAGGAACAUAGCAGGCACUCUAGGGAGGAAGACUGGAGACAGCCUUUUGAGGAUUGGAAAUGGCCACUGCAAGAUGAUUUUAGGCAGUCUCAUGAAAAAGAUUAUAGGCAGCUACCAGAGAAGGAUUUCAGAUGCCCUUGGGAAGAAGACUUCCGACAGCCAUCUCAGGAGCACUUCAGGAGAUCCUAUCAGGAGCACAUUAGACGGCCACCCCAAGAACAUUUCAGGCAUUCCCGAGAGGAAGAUUUCAGGCGUAUGGCAGAUGAAGACUUUAGGCACCCUUCUGAUGAGGACUUCAGGACCUUGCAAGAAGAUCUGAGACGACCCACUGAUGAGGACUUCAGGCAGUUGUCUGUGGAAGACUUCAGGGAAGUUCCAGAGGAGGACUUCAGACUUACUGAUAAUUUUAGACUUCCUGGAGAGGAGUUUUGGACCUCACCUGAUUUCAGAGGUCACCAUUCUUUUGGGAGGUUUGGUCAACUAGAAAGUGACAAAUUUGAUUUUGGAAAGUAUAAUAUGGGAAGUUUUCCUGAGGGAAAAGAUAUGUGUGAUCAAAAUUUAAAUUCUGGUUCAGGUAGAAUAAUUCCUGUUAAGAUCUCAAAUCUUCCAUUUAAAGCCGGUGCUGGUGAAAUUUUAGACUUUUUCCAUGGUUAUAAAGUCAUACCUGAUUCAGUUUCAUUACAGUAUAAUGAGGCAGGAUUACCUUUGGGAGAAGCUAUUGUUGCUAUGACAAAUUAUACUGAAGCUCUAUCUGCUGUUAAAGAGCUAAGUGGUAGACCAGUUGGUCCCCGCAAGGUGAAGCUUAGUUUGCUUUAGAGGGCCUUUCCAAGUGACCAGUUUUAUUCUACAGUAUUGAUGCAGUGAAAGUACAGGGUUUGGUUUGGUUUCUUAAGUUUAUUUUUAAUUAUUUAAAAAAUUUAAACUUGUGAAUAGAAAAACAUUGUCUUAUAAAUCUGGUUUCCUUUUGCUUACUAAUGGACAUGCUUAUUCUGCCCUGAUUUAAAAUGACAUAUGUUCUGUGUUUGAUAGGGGAGAGAGAACAAACUUCUUCAAUUCAUUAGGUUCAUUGAUGGUAAGGAUAAGACUCAGUCUUGUUAAAAGUGGAGUUGUGUUUGUGGAAGGUGAAUUUAUCUUUGAUUUUGUUUCUAUCAUCCUUUACUCAGAGUACAUAGGGAGAUGAAGGCUGACUGAUGAAUCAGGUUUGGCACUUUUACUGCUACUUGCCCAGUGAACUGUUUGAGGGGACAUUGCAAAUGUCUCCUAUAAACUCUAAAUAGUCUAGAAAAUGAACAUACUGUGAAAUACAUUUUUCUUAUGUGAAGCCUUAGGAAAGUCUCAAAAUUUGUGUUCACAACUUUGAAAAGUUUUAUAAAAAUAAAAUUUCAAGUGAAAUACUUACUAACUUGUAUUUGAGUAACAGGAACAAAGACAAAAGAGCUGCUGCUGGGUUGUGUGAGCUUCUCCACAGCAAGGCUAAUGUAUGUGCUGAACCGGACAGAUAAUCUGUACUAAAAAUGUACAGGUCUAUGAUUUCUUCAACAUCCUUUUAUCCUAAGCACUGAGGUCUAGUGGUUAUCCUAAGUAGAUUGCUAAGUUAAUACACAACGUUCAGAAGAGUAUAAUAAAAUAAUCUGUAUAGGGUAAAAGAGGAACUCUCAGCCUGGGAAGAACAUUACAGUUUUUUUUAGGAAGAACUUACUGGUGAUUCAUUGUAUUCCGUUUAGCUUCAAAACUGUGUAGUUCCUGACAGACUCACUAAAUACAGAUUUCUGAGUGAAUUUUGACUUUUUUCAUACUCAUUUUUUUUGCUUAUAUGAGAAAUGAAAUUUAGAAAAUUUAAGUAAGGUGUCUGAUGUUAGACUAAGUUCAACACCAGCAGAUCCCUGAUUAUAUCCUGUCCAUAAAUAUUUUUUGCUGUGUCAGUUUCUUACAUGCUGUUUUUAAUUUAGUACCAUCAUGAUAAAAAUAUUUAUAGGAUUAAAUAAUAUUUUCUUCUAUUUGUUUUUAAAGUUGCAUUUAAAGAAUGAUAAA